AUUGCAUUGUAUGUAUGAUCUUCCAUCAUCUUGAGUACACAUUAGCCUGCACUACACAUCUAGCUCUACCUGCAUAUCCUGCUCCUGCAUGCAAAGUUUGCUAGUAGCUAGUGCAAAAGCUAGCACCUUGAUUAGUGCCUUUUUUUGAGGAAAGAUUAGUGCCCCUCAUUAGGACCUAUGGUUAUGAACUCCUUUGGUUUGUGUUCCCUAGCUAGUUAGGCUUUUCUAUCAGUAUUAUUGUCCACCACAAUUGCACUUUGUUUGAUCGAUCAAGAUGUGUUUCUAGCCGUUUUGCUGUGUCGUGGCACAUUCUUUGGAGAUUAUUGUCAUUCUGAUAUGUGCCACAUACAUCAAACUGGACUAGAUACACACACAUUCAUACACCCUCACAUACUGUUCCUUAUGUAUCUUUUCAUUUGUUUUAUGGUCGGAGAGCAUAGCAAUUGAACUCUGCAUUCUUCCGUGGUGCAAACUCAGAUUAGUAUUUCCACGUUACUGUUCAAAAUUGGUGUACAUAAAGGUAUGGAUGAAUGUAUAAAUUAUUGCUGAAUCAGGAGGUUAUUAGGCCUAGGUAGCUGUCUUAUUUAGUUUAGUUUUGUAAUUAAAAAGGCAACUAAAUAAGGACCUAGCUAUGCAAGAAUUAAUAUAUAGUGUAGCUAAAUAAUUAAGAACAAGUGCAUAGUGUUUUUCACUCUUACUUGACAACAUUUCCAGUUUAACUUAUUAGCUCUUCAAUGUUUAAUGCACUUUGUCCCUAGUUUCUUAUGAACUUCAAAAAUGCCAAUACCACUGCAACGAUUUCAAAAUAUGCUUAUAGAAUUGACAUCCUAGGGUCUAUAUACAUAGCCUCAAGAAAAAGCCGCUCGCAGCUAAGGUUCACAUAUUUUCUUCAGUACCAACAGCGUAACUGGUAAACACAGUAGAAGCUCUGGUUUUCUGUUGUUCACUGGCCGAAUGAACUGUUCAUUUCACUUAUCAGCCGCAAGAUCUCUCAUGAACAACAGACCUCUAGGCGGGAAUGGUUUCUUCGUACAAAGAAUUUGAUGGCAGUUGUUAUUCUAGAUGCAGUAUAUAUUUCUGUCCCUUGCCAUUGCUGUUAUUGCUUGAUCAGAUGUUCAUUGACUUCAUUCAGAUCAUCAGAUACGGGAGAAUUGUAUAUAUCAGCCUUGCAGGCCAAUUUAACAAUUUCACUAAUCACUUCUGAUUCUUUCUCUGACUGUGUUUCAGCAGCCUUCCAAACUGUGUCAACUCACAGUAGGACAGCCUUCCAAACUGCUAAUUAACCCAUUUAAUUACGUUGCUAGUACUACUUCUGUUCCCUUUUCAUCUGAUGCAUGCAGGACAAGUGACAUUCUACUGGGGACAUGUGCCAAGCAAUGCUCAAAGGAUCCCCUAGUCAGAGAAGAGCAGUAACAGCAGCAAUAGCAGCUACUGCAUGCAUGCCUACUGUCACAGGAAUGAUUAGCGCAGGUUUUAUUUUAACAAGGUCAACUUGGGCAGACUCAACACAUGCACCACUGUACUACAUACAUAUGCGUCGGCGGGGUAAACUUUCUUUAGUUGUUUAUGCAUAACAUGUGUCCAGAUCUCUUAGCUAGUUAGGGUGCUUGCAUCAGGACAACACCAAGAACAUACCCCUCUACCCUCUUGUCUCCCUUUGGGUUAAAUCUACUCUUUUAGAGCCUGCAAUGGAAGCAUCCUCCUGUUGUACUGACUGGCAAAUAUAAUGACAUAGAAUUAGCACUGUCAAAUUACUGUAGCUCUUAUUGUCCUAAUAGCUUAUCUGUACCACAGAGAGUAGGAGCUAGCUUCUGCAUGGUACCAGUAGAUGUAGAUCAGGAUCAGUUGAAAUCUUAGGCUUUCAUUUCAUCUACACAAAAUGCAGGAGUAGAUCUGUUUCAGAACUUGAUAACAGAAGCUUCCAAAAGAACAGGCCGUACGAACACGUAAUUUACAGCAGGUCUGUUGGUCUCUGAUUAGUACUCCUACUAGUCAGUAAUCAAUAAGGUUCAGAAAGUUAGAGCAGAGCUAAUCUUCUACUGUCUGCAAUGACAGGGAAUGUAAACUGAAGAUGCAAAUGCAAUUAAUCUACUCUAAUCUGAUGGGGGCUGCCACAAAGUAAAAGAUUAAAGAAUGCCAACAUUGCCCAAAAGCAGGCUGCAAAAGCCAUGGCUUUAAAACACAUUCCCUCCAUGUUCCAUGUUCUCAUGCCCCCUCUCCAAAACCCAGCUCACAUUCGUUAGCAGGGUGAGGUGUCCAGGCACUAAACAAACGGCAUGGUGGCAUGUUAAGAAAUGCCAAGAAGAUCCAUUAUCUUAUUACACGCUUUAACCAAUCUUGGGACUAGUGAGAGUGAUGAUAUAAAGCCUGUUUCUGCCAUCUUCUUCUUCUUCCACCUACAGCCUCUGCCAUUCCUGCAGAUGCAGUAGUGUCAGCAAACAAACUACUAGCAGGCAAGCCAGACAGUGCCUCUGACAUGGCGCAGCACUAGAAGCAGCAGAGGCACCUGCUGCAGCUAGAAGCUGAUCGAUUUCAGCUCCCAAAAGUGCUUUCUAGGAAAGUGGCAGAGGAUUCUAAUGGAGGCCAGAGUGACGGUACUGGUUCUGCUAGUGACAGUGUCUUCCAUCUUGUACACCGGAGUUGGCGCCGGCGCCGGCGGCGGUGGCGACGAGCGGGCGGCGAUGCUCACGCUAAAGGCGGGCUUCGUUGACUCGUUGGGUGCGCUCGCCGACUGGACGGAUGGCGCCAAGGCCUCGCCGCAUUGUAGAUGGACGGGCGUCCGGUGCAACGCCGCCGGCCUCGUCGACGCGCUCGACCUCUCCGGGAAGAACCUGAGCGGCAAGGUCACGGAAGACGUGCUCCGGCUGCCGUCGCUCACCGUCCUCAACCUCUCCUCCAACGCGUUCGCCACCACGCUGCCCAAGUCCCUGGCGCCGCUGUCCAACCUCCAGGUGUUCGACGUGAGCCAGAACUCCUUCGAGGGCGCGUUCCCGGCCGGCCUGGGCUCCUGCGCUGACCUCGCCACCGUCAACGCCUCCGGCAACAACUUCGUCGGCGCGCUCCCCGCCGACCUCGCCAAUGCCACGUCCCUCGAGACCAUCGACCUGAGGGGCAGCUUCUUCAGCGGUGACAUCCCGGCGUCUUACCGGAGCCUCACUAAGCUCAGGUUCCUGGGCCUCUCCGGCAACAACAUCACCGGCAAGAUCCCGGCGGAGCUCGGCGAGCUCGAGUCGCUCGAGAGCCUCAUCAUCGGCUACAAUGCGCUGGAGGGAAGCAUCCCGCCGGAGCUCGGCAGCCUCGCCAACCUCCAGUACCUGGACCUCGCCGUCGGCAACCUCGACGGGCCCAUCCCAGCGGAGCUCGGCAAGCUUCCGGCGCUCACCGCGCUUUACCUUUACCAGAACAACCUCGAAGGCAAGAUACCGCCGGAGGUCGGCAACAUCUCGACGCUCGUCUUCCUCGACCUGUCCGACAACUCGCUCACGGGCCCGAUCCCCGACGAGGUCGCGCAGCUGAGCCACCUCCGGCUGCUCAACCUCAUGUGCAACCACCUCGACGGCACCGUGCCAGCGACCAUCGGGGACUUGCCGAGCCUGGAGGUGCUCGAGCUGUGGAACAACUCCUUGACCGGGCAGCUUCCCGCGUCGCUCGGCAAGAGCUCGCCGCUGCAGUGGGUGGACGUGUCGUCGAACUCCUUCACUGGCCCCGUCCCGGUUGGGAUCUGCGACGGCAAGGCGCUCGCCAAGCUGAUCAUGUUCAACAACGGCUUCACCGGCGGGAUCCCGGCCGGGCUCGCGUCGUGCGCGUCGCUGGUGCGCGUGCGCAUGCAGAGCAACCGGCUCACCGGCACGAUCCCCAUCGGGUUCGGCAAGCUGCCGUCGCUGCAGCGGCUCGAGCUCGCAGGCAACGACCUGUCCGGAGAGAUCCCCAGCGACCUCGCUUUAUCGACGUCUCUGUCGUUCAUCGACGUAUCUCACAACCACCUCCAAUACUCGCUGCCGUCGAGCCUCUUCACGAUCCCGACGCUGCAGAGCUUCUUGGCGUCCAACAACAUCAUCUCCGGCGAGCUCCCCGACCAGUUCCAGGACUGCCCGGCACUGGCGGCGCUGGACCUGUCGAACAACCGGCUCGCCGGCGCGAUACCGUCCAGCCUCGCCUCAUGCCAGAGGCUGGUCAAGCUGAACCUCAGGCACAACCGGCUCACGGGCGAGAUACCCAAGUCACUCGCCAUGAUGCCCGCGAUGGCCAUCCUUGAUCUGUCGAGCAACUCCUUGACCGGCGGCAUACCGGAGAAUUUCGGGAGCUCGCCGGCGCUGGAGACGCUCAACCUAUCGUACAACAACCUCACGGGUCCCGUGCCCGGGAACGGUCUCCUGCGUUCCAUCAACCCCGACGAGCUGGCGGGCAACGCCGGGCUGUGCGGCGGCGUGCUCCCGCCGUGCUUCGGGAGCCGCGACACGGGCGUGGCGUCGCGCGCUGCCCGCGGCAGCGCGCGCCUGAAGCGCGUCGCGGUGGGUUGGCUCGCGGCGAUGCUCGCCGUCGUCGCCGCGUUCACGGCGGUCGUCGCCGGGCGGUACGCGUACCGGCGGUGGUACGCGGGGGGUUGCUGCGACGACGACGAGAGCCUGGGCGCGGAGUCGGGCGCGUGGCCGUGGCGGCUGACGGCGUUCCAGCGGCUCGGGUUCACGAGCGCCGACGUGGUGGCGUGCGUGAAGGAGGCGAACGUGGUGGGCAUGGGCGCGACCGGGGUGGUGUACAGGGCGGAGCUCCCGCGCGCGCGCGCCGUGAUCGCCGUGAAGAAGCUGUGGCGGCCGGCGCCGGUGGACGGCGACGCGGCGGCGAGCGAGGUGACCGCGGACGUGCUCAAGGAGGUGGCGCUCCUGGGGCGGCUCCGGCACCGGAACAUCGUGCGGCUGCUCGGGUACGUGCACAACGACGCGGACGCCAUGAUGCUGUACGAGUUCAUGCCCAACGGCAGCCUGUGGGAGGCGCUGCACGGCCCGCCGGAGAAGCGCGCGCUACUGGACUGGGUGUCCCGCUACGACGUCGCCGCCGGCGUGGCGCAGGGGCUGGCGUACCUCCACCACGACUGCCACCCGCCGGUGAUCCACCGCGACAUCAAGUCCAACAACAUCCUCCUCGACGCCGACAUGGAGGCCCGCAUCGCCGACUUCGGCCUCGCCCGCGCACUGGCGCGCACCAACGAGUCCGUCUCCGUCGUCGCCGGCUCCUACGGCUACAUCGCGCCAGAGUACGGGUACACGCUUAAGGUGGAUCAGAAGAGCGACAUCUACAGCUACGGCGUGGUGCUGAUGGAGCUCAUCACGGGCCGCCGGGCGGUGGAGGCGGAGUUCGGCGAGGGGCAGGACAUCGUGGGGUGGGUGCGGGACAAGAUCCGGAGCAACACGGUGGAGGAGCACCUGGACCAGAACGUCGGCGGCCGGUGCGCGCACGUCCGGGAGGAGAUGCUGCUGGUGCUGCGCAUCGCCGUGCUCUGCACGGCCAGGGCGCCGCGGGACCGGCCGUCCAUGCGCGACGUGAUCACCAUGCUCGGCGAGGCCAAGCCGCGGCGCAAGAGCGGGAGCAGCGGCACCACCAGCGGCAAGGACAAGGACAGCGCCGCCCCUGCCGCCGUCGCCCCCGCCGUGGUGGUGGACAAGGACAGGCCGGUGUUCAGCACCACGCCGGAUUCAGACUACGACUAGGCGCCAUGAUAGCUUAGGUUGAGUUGCCUCGUGUUCAGUGCCUGUCAAUGAUUUGUUCAUGUACCUAGAUUUUGCUUUGCUGCAGGAUCUUGAGCCUGUAUGUAGCCAAAUGUUUGCUGUGAAGAUUAACUAGCUUAUAGAUUCUGUAGAUUAAUGUAAGCAGCUGAAUAAGCUUUGAAAUUUCCUUAAUUAUACAAGCACCCCCAAAGAGAAUGAAGAAAUCAAAUCAAGCCAAUUUAAUUGAUCAAA